UUCUCUAUUUCCCUCCCAAAAACACACACAACAACAAGUCAAGACCAGAAACAAAGACAUCAAAAGCCAUAAACUCACCCUUUUCAACAAACUAUUCCAUUCACUCAAAUAAUUUCAAAGUUAUAAACUUUACAUCCAUUAGCAUGUUUCCCAUCAAUCAUAUUGUCAAUAACCAGCUUGCGAGUAGCUCCUCGGAGAACACUGUCUUGUCAUCGCCGUUGUCGGAGGGGGAGGUAGUGCUGGCGGCUAGCCACCCCAAGAAGAGAGCGGGGAGGAAAAAGUUCAGGGAGACGCGCCACCCUGUCUACCGCGGCGUGCGGCGGAGGAACUCCGGCAAGUGGGUUUGCGAGGUGAGGGAGCCAAACAAGAAGACGAGGAUAUGGCUCGGGACGUUCGCCACUGCGGAGAUGGCAGCGCGUGCGCACGACGUGGCCGCUAUCGCUCUCAGGGGGAGGUCUGCCUGCCUCAACUUCGCAGACUCGGCGUGGCGCCUUCCGGUGCCGGAGACGACAGACGCAAGAGACAUCCAGAAAGCUGCAGCGGAAGCUGCGGAGGCAUUCCGCCCCGUGACGGAAUCGGAGACUGGUGAAGUGAGGCGGGAGGGUGCUGUGGGGGUAAAGGGCGCGUCAGAGACGACCAUGGUGGCAGAGGCGGCGGAAGAGCAAGAAGAAGAAGAAGGGGUGCCGGAGAUUUGGAGGACCAUGGCGUUGAUGUCUCCAACGCAUUACUGUGCGAGUGAGUAUGGCGUUGAUGACGUGGAAUUUGAUGAUGCCGAAGUAUCCUUGUGGAGUUAUUCAAUUUAAUUUAAGGAGGCAAAAAAUACAAGUCAUUCAUUCAUUCAUUAUUUAUUUAUUUAGAAACUAUUUUUAGGAAUAAAGAGAUUGUUUAUAUAGUAUUAGACGUUUUGACCUUUCUGAGCUAAAGUGUCCGUACUCCUAGGUUUUUUUUACACUAGUACGGAUGAUGCCACAGAAAGUGAUGGAGAAUAGAAAUAUAGAAAAUUUGAUUAAAAAGGCUA